AUGCGUUCUUUUCUUCUUCCUGUGCUCGCUACGGCUGCUUUGUCGCAAGCUUCAGCCAUUCCGUCUGAAUUACUUUCUUCGAAGCGUGCCGUCGGAAACUGGGACGAUGCCCAUGCGAAAGCGACUGCUGCUCUUGCAAAACUAUCACAGAGCGAGAAGAUCGGCAUCGUUACGGGUGUUGGCUGGCAGAACGGUAACUGCGUUGGCAACACCAAACCGGCUGCCUCGAUUGGAUAUCCGUCGCUUUGUCUGCAAGAUGGACCCCUCGGCGUUCGCUACAUCCAAGGUGUAACUGCAUUCAGCGCAGCUAUCCAUGCCGCCAGCACCUGGGAUCUCGAUCUCAUUCGUGAACGCGGCGCCUUCCUUGGUGCUGAAGCAAAGGAGCUGGGCGUUCACGUCCAGCUCGGACCUUCAGCUGGACCUCUCGGAAAGUUUGCCAACGGUGGCCGAAACUGGGAAGGAUUCGGUUCCGAUCCCUACCUCCAAGGCAUUAUGAUGGCAGAGACCAUUGAGGGUAUGCAAGAAUCCGGUGUUCAAGCGACAGCUAAGCACUGGAUUGUCAACGAACAAGAGCUCAACCGAGAGACUAUGAGCUCAGACGUGUCGGAUCGAGUGCUUCGCGAGCUCUAUGUAUGGCCAUUCAUGGAUGCAGUCCACAGCAACGUCGCGGCCUUUAUGUGCAGUUACAACAAGGUCAACGGAACUUGGGCCUGCGAGAGCGAUGGUGUGAUGAACAAGCUCCUGAAAGACGAACUUGGCCAUCGUGGAUACAUCAUGAGUGACUGGAAUGCUCAACACACGACGACCGGCAGUGCAAACGGUGGAAUGGACAUGACCAUGCCCGGCACCGACUUCAGUGGGGGCAACGUCUUCUGGGGCCCACAGCUUCAGUCCGCCAUCGACAAAAAGCAGGUUCAACAAUCUCGCCUCGAUGACAUGGUCAAGCGCGUACUCUCUUCCUGGUACCUCCUUGGUCAGGACAAGGGCUAUCCCAAUGCCACCUUUAGCUCCUGGAACAUCGGCACUCGUCAGGUCGGUGGCAACCACAAGACGAACGUCCGUGCUACGGCCCGCGAUGGUAUCGUCUUGUUGAAGAACACAAACGUUACAUUGCCCUUCAAGAAGCCCAAGAGCAUCGCUGUCAUCGGGAGCGACAGCAUCGUUGCGCCUAAGGGAGCUAACGCAUGCGUUGAUCGCGGAUGCAACGACGGCACGCUAGCUAUGGGUUGGGGAUCUGGAUCAGUAGAGUUCCCCUACCUCAUCGCUCCUCUCGAUGCCAUGAAGACGCAAGCUCAAAAAGAUGGCACAACCAUCACCUCUUCACCAAACGACAAUGCGCAACAGGGAGCCAGUGCAGCCCAAAACGCUGAUGUAGCUGUCGUGUGCAUCAACAGCGAUGGUGGCGAGGGUUACAUCACUGUUGAGGGCAACGCUGGCGACCGAACUAACCUGGACCCGUGGCAUAACGGAAACGAGUUGGUCAAGGCAGUUGCUGCCGUCAACAAGAAGACCGUCGUCGUGGUCCACAGCGUCGGUCCCGUCAUCAUGGAACAAUGGAUCGAAAACCCGAACGUAGUAGCCGUUGUAUGGGCAGGCCUGCCAGGUCAGGAAUCCGGAAACGGCCUCGUGGACAUCCUCUACGGCGCUGCCUCGCCAAGCGGCAAGCUCCCCUACACCAUUGCGAAGAAGGAAUCAGACUACGGUACCACCAUUGCCAGGGGCGACGACAAGAACUGGGACCUCUUCAUCGACUACCGUCGUUUUGACCAGCAAAACAUUACACCCAGAUUCGAGUUUGGCUUCGGUCUCUCUUACACUAACUUCACCUACUCCGACCUCAGCGUCUCAGGCAAGCCCUCGGCUGGUCCCGCAACCGGUGCCAAGGGUCCCGGAGGCCCUGUCGAUCUCUUCGAGACGGUCGCAACCAUCACAGCCAAAAUCAACAACUCUGGUGGUGUUGCAGGUGCAGAAGUUCCGCAAUUGUAUCUCGGCUACCCUGCGUCGACCAAUUCGCCUCCCAAGCAAUUGAGAGGAUUUGCGAAGCUCAAGCUGGCAGCUGGUGCGAGCGGAACUGCUACCUUCAAGCUGAGGAGAAGGGAUAUGAGCUUCUGGGAUGAGAAGACCAGGAAGUGGAGCGUUGCGACUGGAGAGUACAAGAUCUUUGUAGGAUCGAGUUCCAGGGAUGUGAGGCUGACAGGUAAGAUCACUGUUUAG